UUACACAUGUUAAUAGAAAAAAGAAAAAUGUGGGUGAGGAGGAAGACAGACGGCAUUAUUAUUAUUUUCUUUUUCAUUAUGGCCGAAAUCCCAAUGUUUUAUUUUUUUUCAGCUCAUUAAAAAUCCAUUACUGCUUGAAUAACUCCUCUACCAUUCACACACUUUCCAUGUUCUCUGUCUUCUUGUGCAAAUACCAAAUGCCACGCGCCUACACGCGCGCUCUCCCUCUCUAUCUUCCACACCCCAACACAUCUCCUCUAUAGAAAAACCGCCCCGCGCUUCAUUUCUUGCCUAUCAUUUUUCUUUUGUAUCAAAAGGGAAACCGAAAAGAAACAAAAAAAAAAAAAAAAAAAAAUUCUCUCUUUCUCUCAAAUGGGUUGCUUAGGCUUUGUUUACCAGCCAAUUCUGGACUGACCAUGUCAAAGUUAUCUACCAUUUGAAGAAAAUAUCUUCACCAUAGCCCAUUUCGUUUUGGUCUCUAUGUUCUUUAAUACUUUCCUCUAAUAGCGAGUUUGGAGUUUUUUUUUUUAAUCAUUAUAUUCUGUUUCUCUUUUCGCCAUUUCUCUUCCUCUAUAAAUCUAGCCUCACCCACUUGGGUACUGUCCCUGGAGGUGGCUUAAAACGAGGGUUCCAUGUGUUAGAAAAAGCGAAUGGUCGUUCUUUUGGUCGAAACAAAAUCAUUUGUUUCGCAUCGAUAAACUCAUCUUCUUGCCUGUUCUUCACUCUCCUUCAUCAUGGAGGGAGAAACAUCAUGGAUCAAUGAUUGCUUUGAUGAUGUAGCAAGAGGCAUUGGUGAGUUUGAUUCAUUCUCAGAGCUUAGUGAUGAAGGCAGUAAAGAAAUUAAUGCAGUUUCUUUGGAUUUAAUCCUGCCUGAUGAUCUGUUGGAACGGAUUCUAGCAUUUCUUCCUAUUGCUAGCAUCUUUAGAGCAGGUUCUGUGUGUAAAAGAUGGAGUGAGAUUGUUAGUUCAAGGAGGUUUUUAUGGAAUUUCUCACAUGUCCUGUCACAAAAACCCUGGUAUUUUAUGUUUACAAGCUCCAAUGAACCUAUUGGCUACGCCUACGAUCCAAUCCUCAGAAAGUGGUAUGGCAUUGAUCUCCCAUGCAUCGAGACAUCCAGUUGGUUCAUUGCUUCAUCUCGUGGUUUAGUUUGCUUCAUGGACAAUGAUAGCAGAAGUGAAUUAUAUGUCUGCAACCCUAUUACCAAAUGCUGCAAGAAGCUUGAGGAGCCUCCAGGUUUAAAAAUUGCUGAUUACAGUGCACUUGCAAUUUCAGUGAACAGGAUGCUGCAUGGAUAUACUAUCUCAAUCGUGAAGUCUAAGCAAGUCCCAGGAAAUUUUUUCCAAUGGGAUCUUUCUAUUUAUACUUAUAAUUCUGAAACAAGGAUGUGGGUGGCUUCUUGGUCUGAGGUGUUAACAGGAUGGAGAAGUGGCGAUGAAAGUGUGAUCUGUGAUGGGGUUUUAUACAUUUUGAUUUACUCAACUGGGGGUGGCACACCAGAGAAUCGCCAUGGUCUAAUUACACAUAAUCUCUCGAGUAGAUCUUCCCAUGGUUUAUUGAUAAGGAGUUUCAUUCCGGUACCUUGUCCACUUACUUGUGGACGUCUGAUGAAUUUGAAGGAGAAGCUGGUAAUGGUUGGAGGAAUUGGUAAACAAGACCGGCCUGACAUAAUUAAGGGGAUUGGGAUUUGGGUCCUAAAUGGUAAGGAAUGGCAAGAGAUUGCUCGUAUGCCUCACAAGUUUUUUCAAGGAUUUGGGGAGUUUGAUGAUGUUUUUGCCAGCAGUGGCACAGAUGAUCUUUUAUACAUCCAGAGCUAUGGGGCUCCAGCUCUUCUUGUUUUUGACAUGAACCAGAAACAGUGGAAAUGGUCACAGAAGUGCCCAGUGACAAAGAGGUUCCCGCUUCAGCUUUUUACUGGUUUUUGCUUUGAACCAAGGCUUGAGAUUGAGCCAUAAUUUGUUUCUUGUUGAAUUUAAUGGGGGUGGUGAUGACAAAUUUGCAAGUCCCACAUUUUCCUUUUUGUUUGUUUGGCUCUUACUUUCAAUCAUUAUGAAAUAUAUUCUGGAAAAUUUUACACAAAAUGUAACAGCAGAUAGAGCUGCACAUUCUUGAAAAUGGGAAUAUUAUUCUUUGCAUUGGGAAAUACCUUAUGUAUAAUACAACUUUGCCACUGUUUUCUGAUUGACAGUCAGAUUAAUGUAGAUACGCCUUGACAUAUUAACAAACUUAGUAUUCAUUCUGUGAA